ACGGCAGUUACGAAUACUUGGUGAUGCCUUUUGGGCUCACGAACGCGCCCUCGACUUUUCAGAUGACCAUGAACGGUGUUUUCCGCGAACUCCUGGAUAAAUGCGUAAUUAUCUACCUCGACGACAUCCUAAUCUACAGCCGCAGCAGGGAGCAGCACUUAAAGGAUCUUGAUGCAGUCUUCACGCUACUGCACAAGAAUCGCCUCAUCACGAAAGGGUCUAAGUGCGAUUUUCUUAAGCAAGAGUUGGAGUUUUUGGGCCACGUCGUCUCUACCGAAGGCGUGAAAAUCGACCCCAGGAAAAUCAAGACCAUACAGGAAUGGAAGCCGCCGACCAACCUCAAGGAACUCCAAAGUUUUCUGGGUUUUGUCAACUACGUCCGCCGCUUUAUCCCCAAUAUGGCUGGGAUAUCUGCAACGCUAACCGACCGAUUGAAGGAUCACGAUUGUUUUUGGUGGGGUGAGAAGCAGCAAGCUGCAUUCGACCAACUCAAAAUCGCCCUCACGUCGCCGCCCGUCCUUCGCAUCUCCGAUCCCAACCGUCCAUACGAAGUCAUCACCGACGCCAGCGACAUCGCCAUCGGCGCAGUUCUCCUCCAGGACUUCGGCGACGGGCUGCAACCAGUCGCCUACGAAUCACGGAAGCUGCAAGGUGCAGAGAAGAACUAUACAGUGCACGACAAGGAAAUGCUGGCAAUCGUUCAUGCGUUCAAGACUUGGCGGUGCUACCUGACCGGAGCUGACGUCACGGUGCGAACGGACCACAAAUCCUUACAGUACCUGCGCGCCCAACCGAAUCUCAAUCCACGACAGAUCCGAUGGCUCAAUUUCCUCGAGUCCAACUUCCACUACACCAUCACCUACAAACGGGGUGCCAAUAAUAUCGCCGAUGCCUUGACCCGCCCUACCGUCCAUACCGUUGCGAUACUAAUCGCCCAGACCAACCCAUUACUUACGGGACUAUUCACCCACGGCUACAAGAUCGAUCCCUUUUUCCGCUCAGCCAUCCAUCAACAGCAUACCACAGCCACCGGGCCAUAUUUUUAUAAGCGUGGUACUUCUCGCAUUUGGACAAUCACCGCCGAACAAACUGCGCAGCUGUUCAUCACGAACGUCAUCCGCCUGCAUGGCCUGCCCUCCGCCAUCAUUUCAGACCGAGACCCCAAAUUCACCUUGAAUUUCUGGCGCCACCUGUGGGACCAAUUCGGCACCAAACUCCAAUUUUCAUCCGCCUACCACCCACAAACCGACGGGCAGACCGAACGCGUUAACCAAACCAUGGAGCAGCUCAUUCGCACCACCUGUACUGACCCAUCGACAUGGGAGAAAUCCCUACCGCUACUCGAAUUCGCGUAUAAUAACGCAACCUCAGCUACAACCCAUCACUCCCCAUUUUUCCUCAACUACGGACAGGACCCGGUUGUACCCUCUACACCGAACAUCGAAAUGUAUCGUUUUUGGUGUGACGUGUGCAAUGUUGCGUACGACAGUGAAGUGUCGCUGACUAACCAUGAACGGAGCGAGAAAUGCAUCGUCGCACACGCGAGAGCACGAGCACGACUGUCGCGGCCCCAAGGCGUGCUUGUUCCGCCAUCAAUGCCAUGCGCCUCAUCGGUGCUGCCCGAUAUGGCGGAGGUUGCAGCGUACAUCCCCAGUCUUCCACAGGUCUCAUUCAGAAUGGCGCCGAUGGACGUUGACGAGGAUCCACCGUUUCAUGAUGCAAAUCAGUUUUUUGCGGAUGCUGACGAGCCGGAGGAAGAGAUCAAGUUUGACACAUUGCUUGAAACCUUUAAAUUCUUGGCGUCGUGCAACAAGGGAGUCGGGCUCAGCUCAAAUGACGUCUGGUGGUUUUUCAAACUCAUUAAACACGCGGGAUUCAACGUGGACGAGCUUAAAAACUGGAACACGAAACAUGCAAUCGAUAAGUACGCAUUGGAGCAGCUCGGGAUCGAGAAGCGGCGUUAUAAAACAGAGGAAGUCGAGGUUACCGGCUGGCACAAACGAUUCAAGGUCAAGUUCCUCGACCCGGUGGAGGCUUUGAUCAAGAUGUGGGCGGAUCCAAACAAUCGCGAAGGAUUUGUGCACCGUGCAAAGGCCGUAUUAAAAAAUGGGGAGAGAGUGUAUGGUGCUGCUCACACGGCAGAUUUCUGGCUGGAUGGACAGAAGGGUUUGCCAGAGGACGAGUUGGUUUGCCCCAUCAUAAUUUCGAGCGACGAGACCGUUUUGAGCGGUAACGAGCUCGUGAAGGCAUGGCCGGUCUACCUGACAUUCACCAACAUCCCCCUGGCUAGGCGCUGGCUGGACCAUGGGAGGGUGCUGGUGGCUCUCCUACCUCUGCCCGACCCUGAUAUGGAGCCUUGGCAGCGGGUGGAGCUUUUCCAGCGGGCCAUAGACAUUGUGUUCAAGUCGAUGUGGGAAGCCUGCCGCAGUUCUCUCCCUCUGACCGACCCUUUCGGUGAAGUGUUUACCGUGUGGCCCAAGCUCUACUCAUACGUGGCUGACUACCCCGAAGGUUGCCGAGUCACUAGCACCAUGCAGCAUGGCUCCUCCCGUCCGUGUAGUGUCUGCUACGUCACACAAGAAAAUCUUGACGACAUGGACCCAAACCUCAACCAUUGGCGCACAGUGGAAUGCCAGAAAUGGCUCUCCACGCUGGACCAAAAGCAAAGGGAGGCAUACUCCACACAUGCUGUGCCAUCGUUCCUCUGGAAUGUCAAUCGCGAGCACGAGAUACACGAGGACUGGGGAAACCCGUACAAAGCUAUCAUGCUUGACGGGUUGCACGUCAUCUUGAUUGGCGUGUGGCAAUAUAUUCUCGAGGAGGUUGUCAAAGGGGAAGACAUUGCUGAGAGGAACAGGCGACACGGGGUCUUGGUGAGGGAUGAAAGAUUCUCCGCAUAUAAGCUGCCACCAGAGGGUCGUUAUUUCAAGCCUGGAGCCAACUAUUCCGGAGCUGAGCAUGCUGCAAUGAUUCGGGUAAUUCUCAUCAUCAUGGGUGAUGGGCUACUCAAAGCACCCGUGAAGAUGACCGUGCUGCGGUUUUUUGUGGGCUGGUACCACAAGUACUUCCGGGUGGACGAGUACACCGAGAAUCUCCUUCAGCAAUACAUCAUGGACACAAAAGAGUUAGUCCGUCUACUCGACACGAACUUGCCAAGGGCGGGCCAUAAAUGGAAAAUCGUGAAGAUUCAUGGGCUUGUGCAUUUUCCGGACUUCGUCCGGCGUGGGGGUGCACCUGGGGAGUACAGCACCGGGCUAUUUGAGCAUGCACACACGACAUCGUGCAAGCGCCCUUUCCGUGCCUCCAACUUCAGAAAUUACGACGACGCCAUCAUGCGGACGUCAGAAAUGAGAUGUGCAUUGCGGGACCUACCAAGCGUCUUCGAUGAUUUGCCAGCUCGUGAAACGGCUAUUAUCAAGGCAGAAAAGCACCAGCACCCGGUGCUCACUGCAACCAGCACUGCUGUGACGCUGCCACACGUGCUGGAGGGCAGGAAGGGCGAAAGCACGUGGGAGGCGUUGUCAACACAACAUGACCCUGGCAUGACCGAAUUUCCUGCUGCGCUUGCUCUUCAUGACAUAGAAGUGGACACGAUUCAUGUCCACACGGCAGUGGCUCUCCCUGCCAGCGACAUGAACGAGGGCCAUUACGCAAGGGCAACUACAACCUUCCACGGGAGUCCCUGGUUCUCCUACGUCUCACUGGACAGCAUGCUACUCGGGUCACCAAUGCCAGACACCCCGCCUGUUCAGUAUGGCCAACUACUCAUGCUAUUUCACGUCCAGCGCCGCACCGGACGAGACGUCGAGAAGCUACCAUUUGCAUACGUACGGCUGUUGGAUGUUAGAGGCGAGGACAGAGAAACUUCAUUUUUAAAGCUGGUAAACCAUCGACGGGCUGACACGUACUGUGUGGUACACAUAGACGCUAUAUUGAGGGCAGAACAUGUGGUACCAAUGUUUCAACGGACCACUUUGAGGUUGCUGAACAAAUAUGCUUGGUGAUGCAGUGUUUACUAUUACUUAAAGUUUGA